UUAAACUUAGGUUGUACACUCUAUGCAAACUCGCACUUGCACGAAGCAACACUCAUAAUACACACAAAUUAACCUCCCCCCCCCCUCUCUCUCUCUUUGCGUUGUGAUUGUUAGUUUUGCCAGUGAAUAUGGAGGACAACAUGGAUGAAUCUCAAUCGGCGGCGGCGCAACUGGCUGAGCCACAGCCUCAGACAAAGCCACCGGUGGAGUAUGAAAACGGAGAGCAAGAGUCGAAUAGCGAAAACGAAGACGACAUCUUGAUAUCGAAAGCACAAACGCUGAUGGAUAAAAUCACUUCCAAUCCCGAUAACCCUAACCCCAAUGUUCUUCAUGCCCUUGCUUCCAUCCUGGAAACCCAAGAAUCCAGAUACAUGGAUGAGACAGGUCAUUCCUCCUUAAAUAAUGGUCGGGCUUCUCAUAAUAUUGGGCGAUUAGGGAACUUAGUCCGGGAUAAUGAUGAAUUUUUUGAAUUGAUAUCCUCAAAGUUUUUGUCUGAAACUGGAUAUUCAGUAUGUGUUCAGGCAGCUGCUGUAAGGCUUCUUUGCAGCUGUUCCUUGACUUGGAUGUAUCCACACGUUUUUGAAGAAACCGUUUUGGCGAACAUGAAAGGCUGGGUGAUGGAUGGGACAGCUUGGUCUUCAGGUGAAGAUCACUCCUGGAAGCAUGAGUUAGGGAUAAGGAAUUCCUCAGAUUCUGAAAUGUUGACAACUUAUUCGACUGGACUUCUUGCUGUAUGCUUGGCGGGUGGUGGUCAAGUUGUGGAAGAUGUGUUGACAUCUGGAUUGUCAGCCAAGCUAAUGCAAUAUCUUCGUAUCCAGGUUCUGGGCGAGACUAGCGCAACUCAAAAAGAUACUAAUCAAUUAACAGAGAACAAAAGUGCAUCUGCUGCUACUUGCAUAAGAGGUAGAGAAGAAGGUCGGGGUAGGUUGCGGCAAGCUUCAGAGACUUCUCAUUUGGAUGCUCCUAGGGCAUUAGAGCAAGGAUCUUUAGAUGAUCAAGUUAUUCAAAGGGACCGUGACAGAAGUAUUCAUAGGCAAGCAUAUCUGGAUGAACAGUGGGUUGAUGGUGGAGAACCGCCUGCUGGUUUGGGUGAACAUGUUGAUACUUACAAGGUAGAUGGAGAUGGUGAGGACAGAUGGCAUGGUCAAGAUUUACUUGAUGGCAAGGCAAAGUCUUGUGAUAGAAAUGUUCAGGGCAGGACUAUACUAGAUGAAGAUUUUGAUGAAGGUGUCAGAGAUGACUCUUCAAGGCGCAGGGCAAACCAUGGAUGGGGAAGAUCUAGAGGAAAGGCAAGAGUAAGUGAAGUCAUAGUGGAUAAUGAACAAGGUUUGACCUCUCCAGGGUCUGGAAGUAGAUUAGGACAGGGACGGAGCACCAAGGAUAGGAGUCUAAUAAGAAAUCAAGAGUUGAAAAGAAUUACAGACACCAAAAAGUUCUUGGAGAGGAUUGGUGCUGAUAGCUUUGCCUUGGAAAGAGAUGCCGAUGAUGACUGCUUCCAAGAAUGCAAAGUUGGCUCAAAGGAUAUCUUUGAUCUGGUAAAGAAAGCUGUGAGAGCUGCUGAAACUGAAGCCAGAGCAGCAAAUGCUCCUGCAGAAGCCAUCAAAGCAGCUGGUGAUGCUGCUGCUGAAGUUGUCAAAAGUGCGGCUUCAGAGGAAUUCAGAAGGACAAAUGAUGAAGCUGCUGCAGUUUUGGCUGCAUCUAAAGCUGCUUGUACAGUUGUUGAUGCUGCUAAUGCAAUUGAAGUUUCAAGGAGUCCAAGUGGGACCAAUGUUGAGUUAAUGAACUCAGAAGCUGCAGAACCAGCAUCAAAUGAGGAACCUGUAGACUAUUUCAUUGUGGAUUGUGCCUCUAUAGCAAAGCUGAGGGAGAAAUUCUGCAUUCAAUGUCUUGUGGUACUGGGUGAGUAUGUCGAAGUUCUUGGUCCUGUCCUGCAUGAGAAGGGUGUAGAUGUCUGUCUUGCAUUAUUGCAAAGGAGGAGUACCAAACAUAAAGAGGCAUCAAGGGUCACAGUUCUCUUGCCUGAUGUGCUGAAGUUGAUCUGUGCUUUGGCCGCUCACCGAAAGUUUGCUGCUUUAUUUGUGGAUCGUGGUGGCAUGCAAAAGCUUCUUGCUGUCCCAAGAGUUGCUCAGACAUUCUUUGGUCUGUCUUCUUGCUUAUUCACAAUUGGUUCCCUUCAGGGAAUAAUGGAACGUGUAUGUGCCCUUCCUCCAGACGUUGUACACAAGGUGGUUGAGUUAGCUCUUCAGCUUCUCGAGUGCUCCCAGGAUCAGGCCAGGAAAAAUGCGGCUUUAUUUUUUGCUGCUGCAUUUGUCUUUAGAGCAGUCCUGGAUUCUUUUGACGCUCAGGAUGGCUUACAGAAACUUUUAAAUCUCUUGCAUGAUGUUGCCUCUGUAAGAUCUGGAUCUAAUUCUGGCCCAUUGGGCCCAUCUAGCUCAGGGUCACUUCGAAAUGAUCGAUCUCCUACAGAAGUACUGACCUCAUCAGAGAAGCAGAUAGCUUAUCACACCUGUGUUGCAUUGCGACAAUAUUUCAGAGCACAUCUUCACUUGCUUGUGGAUUCAAUCCGUCCAAAUAAAAAUACUCGCAGUGCGGCCCGUAAUAUUCCAAGUAUUAGGGCCGUGUACAAGCCACUUGACAUUAGCAAUGAGGCUAUGGAUGCAGUAUUUCGUCAGAUACAGAAGGAUCGGAAGCUUGGUCCUGCACUCGUAAGAGCUCGUUGGCCUGCAGUUGACAAGUUCUUAAGCUCUAAUGGGCAUGUUACUAUGUUGGAGUUGUGUCAGGCUCCACCUGUUGACCGCUACUUGCAUGACUUGCUUCAAUAUGCAUUGGGUGUUCUGCACAUUGUGACGGUUGUACCUUACAGCCGUAAACUGAUUGUAAAUGCCACACUAAGCAAUAAUUGUGUAGGCAUAGCUGUCAUUUUGGAUGCAGCAAAUGGUGCUGGCUAUGUCGAUCCUGAGAUUAUUAAGCCAGCACUCAAUGUGUUAGUCAGUCUUGUUUGCCCUCCACCUUCAAUCAGCAAUAAGCCACCUCUCCUUGUACAAGGUCUGCAGUCGGUUUCUGUGCAAAAUGUAAAUGCUCCUGCCACAGAGAGUAGAGAGAGAAAUGCAGAACGGAACAUUCCAGACCGAAAUGUUCCUAGUCAAAAUGAACUAAGAGAGCGGAAUGGGGAAUCUGGUGGUGUAGACCGAGGCAGCUUAGCGGCACUAGGUACAGCUUCUGCCAGUAGUGCUUCACAAACUCCUGUUUCAACAGUAGCUUCUGGAUUAGUUGGAGAUCGUAGAAUAUCGUUAGGUGCUGGAGCUGGCUGUGCUGGCCUUGCUGCACAACUGGAACAAGGUUACCGUCAAGCAAGAGAGGCUGUCCGUGCCAACAAUGGUAUUAAAGUUCUUCUUCAGCUCCUCCAACCACGCAUAGUUACACCUCCUGCUGCCCUCGACUGUCUUCGUGCACUUGCAUGCCGAGUCUUGCUUGGUUUAGCUAGAGAUGAUACAAUUGCACACAUAUUGACAAAGCUUCAGGUUGGGAAAAAAUUAUCAGAACUUAUUCGAGAUUCAGGAAGCCAAACUCCUGGUGGGGAGCAGGGCAGGUGGCAGGCUGAACUUGCGCAGGUGGCCAUUGAGCUGAUUGCAAUCGUAACCAAUUCUGGGCGUGCAAGUACAUUAGCAGCUAGUGAUGCUGCUACUCCUACUUUGAGACGUAUAGAGAGAGCUGCUAUAGCUGCUGCUACUCCCAUUACUUACCAUUCCAGGGAACUUUUACUUCUUAUACAUGAACACCUUCAGGCAUCUGGUUUGGCAGCAACGGCUGCUGCACUUCUAAAAGAGGCUCAGUUAACACCUUUGCCGUCCUUGGCAGCCCCAUCAUCACUAGUGCAUCAAACCUCUUUGCAUGAAUCCCCGUCAAUACAAAUUCAAUGGCCAUCAGGACGUACUCCGGGUGGAUUUCUUUCUGUUAAAUCGAAAGCUACCUCACGGGGUGAGGAUCUCAGCUUAAAGUUUGAUUCAUCUGUGUCAUCAUCAAAGAAGAAACCUCUUAUUUUCUCUCCUACAUUUGGUUUACAAUCAAAAAAGUCUUCUGGACUUGCAAGCACACCAGAAGCUCCAUCAGUGUCUGCAGGGAAACCUAGUGUGGAUGCUGACAUGCAAUUUAAAACUCCAAUUCUAUUGCCAAUGAAACGCAAGUCAACGGACUUAAAAGACACCGGGCCAGUGUCGUCAGGGAAACGACUCAGCUCUGGUGACCAUGGACUUCGAUCUCCAGUUUGUUCAACACCGAAUGCUUUCCGUAAAAGCAGUAUACUAACUGAUUUGAAUGUCAUUUCCACACCAAUUUCUACUUUGAAAGAUCAUCAUUACGGACGAUUAGUACCAAGUAGCUUGCUAGCUGAUAAUUUGGAUGAGAACCGACAUGGUAACACCAAUCUGGCUCAAAUGACACCUUCAUUCCAACAUGGACUUCUGAAUGAUCCACAACCCUCCAAUGCAGAACGUUUAACCUUGGACUCUCUUGUUGUUCAGUAUCUGAAGCACCAGCAUCGCCAAUGCCCAGCUCCUAUUACCACAUUACCACCACUUUCACUCUUGCACCCGCAUGUCUGUCCAGAAUCAAGACGAAGCCUUGAUACUCCUUCAAAUGUGACUGGCAGGCUUAGUACACGUGAGUUUAGAAGUAUGUAUGGUGGGAUCCAUGGGAAUCGCAGGGAUCGUCAAUUUGUUUACAGCAGAUUUAGACCAUGGCGAACUUGCAGGGAUGAUGGUGGUGCCCUUUUGACCUGCCUCACUUUUCUAGGAGAUUCCUCUCAGAUAGCUGCUGGAAGCCGUUUUGGUGAGCUAAAAGUUUUUGAUUCGAACAGCAACAAUGUGCUGGAGAACUGCACCAGCCACCAGUAUCCUUUGACACUCGUCCAGUCAUAUCUUUUGGGAGAGAGUCAGUUGGUUCUCUCUUCAAGUGCCCAUGAUGUGCGAUUGUGGGAUGCAUCUUCGGUCUCGGCUGGGCCCAAGCAUUCAUUUGAAGGGUGCAAAGCUGCUAGAUUUAGCAAUUCUGGGACCAUAUUUGCAGCACUAUCAUCAGAGUCAUCGCAAAGAGAAAUUCUCUUGUAUGAUAUCCAGACCUGCCAGUUGGAACUGAAGCUAACGGACACGUCUAUGAGUUAUUCGGGUAGGGGACACAUUUAUUCUCUUGUUCACUUUAGCCCCUCAGAUACUAUGCUUCUAUGGAAUGGGGUCUUAUGGGAUCGUCGUGGUUCUGGCCCUAUCCAUCGCUUUGAUCAGUUUACAGAUUAUGGGGGUGGUGGCUUUCAUCCUGCUGGAAAUGAGGUGAUUAUAAACUCUGAAGUCUGGGAUCUAAGGAACUUCAGGCUUCUCCGAAGCGUACCUUCCUUGGAUCAGACACUAAUAACUUUUAAUGCGAGUGGGGAUGUUAUAUAUGCAAUUCUGAGGAGAAAUCUUGAGGAUGUUACUUCAGCAUUUCAAACUCGACGUGUUAAGCACCCCCUUUUUUCUGCUUUUCGUACUGUGGAUGCUGUCAAUUAUUCCGACAUUGCUACUAUUCCUGUAGACCGUUGCGUCCUUGACUUUGCAACGGAGCCAACUGAUUCUUUUGUUGGGUUGGUGACAAUGGAUGACCAAGAAGAGAUGUAUUCUUCGGCUAGGGUGUAUGAAAUCGGCCGUCGGAGGCCGACUGAUGAUGAUUCUGAUCCGGAUGAUGCUGAGAGCGAAGAGGAGGAUGAAGAUGAUGAGGAUGGUGAUGAGGACCCACUACUGGGACCAGAUCUCGAGGGGGAUGGGGAAAGCGAUGCUGACGAUAUGAGCAAUGAUGAUGAUGAUAGUGUGAGCGAGCUUGAUGAUGAUGAUGAGGAAGAUGGAGAUUUCAUUAUGGAUGAUGGGGACUUUGAUGCUGGAGGUGGAAUAUUGGAGAUUGUGACUGAAGGUGAGGAUGAUGAUGAUAGUGGGUUGGUUGAAUCGCUUAGUAGUGGGGAUGAAGAGGAUUUUGUAGGUAAUGUUUAUGGCUUCUGA